GUAAAACCGGCUAAGGAAAGCGGUAAUGUGCUCUCUUUCAUAUCCGUAGUGUGCGAAUCACUGCGAAUGUUCCUGAACUUUCUUUUUAUGGUCAAAGUUGUAGGUGUGACAUCACUUCUUUCAGUGUCUUUGCUUUCCUUUGAAUUUUGUGAACUGUGAUAGUUCGAUAGUGUUUAUAGUUUCAGUCCUGAAUCGAGAUUCUCCAAGAUGUCUGUAAUUGGUAUUGAUAUUGGAAAUGAAAACUGUUACAUUGCUGUUGCUAGAGCUGGAGGUAUUGAGACCAUCGCUAAUGAAUACAGUCAGCGAUCGACCCCGACAUAUGUUGCAUUUGGUGAAAAAACCAGAGAUCUAGGAGUGACAGCAAAAAAUAAGCAGAUUACAAAUUUAAAGAAUACAAUCUUUAGUUUCAAACGGUUAAUUGGACGCAAGUAUAAAGAUCCAGUUAUACAACAAGAGUUGCAAUAUGUACCAUUUCAGACAUGUGAAUUGCCUAAUGGCGAGGUUGGAUUACAGGUUAAUUAUUUACAAGAACAGCAUGUAUUCACUGUACCUCAAGUAAUGGCCAUGAUGUUUACAAAACUAAAAGAAAUAUCUGAGAGCAAUUUAAAAAUCAAAGUUCAAGAUUGUGUUGUAUCUGUUCCCGUAUAUUAUACUGAUGUUGAGAGACGAGCAAUUUUGGAUUCUGCUGAAAUAGCUGGUUUGAAUGUUCUUAGGCUUAUGAACGAACCAACUGCCGUGGCUUUGGCAUAUGGCUUCUAUAAACAGGACCUGCCUGAGGACAAACCUAAGAAUGUAGUAUUUGUUGAUUUAGGGAAUUCCUCAAUACAAGCAACAGCAUGUGCCUUCACCAAAGGAAAAUUAAAGAUUUUAGGCAGUGCAUGGAAUCGUAAUCUAGGUGGGAGAGAUUUCGAUAAUACUCUAGUAAGGCAUUUUGUUGAAGAUUUUAACCAAAGAUAUAAGCUUGAUAUUCUAAGUAAUAGAAGAGCUGUAAUUCGGUUGUUACAAGAAUGUGAAAAAUUGAAGAAACAAAUGAGUGCAAAUUCUUUGGAACUUCCUAUAAAUAUUGAAUGUUUUAUGGAAGACAAAGAUGUUAGUGGAAGAAUGAAAAGGGAAACUUUUGAAAAAUUAUCUGCUAAUCUGUUGCAACUAAUAGAGUAUACUCUAGUUAAGCUGCUUCGUGAUACAGGCCUUAAAACCGAAGAUAUUGAUUCUGUUCAAGUUGUUGGUGGGUCUUCUAGAAUACCUGCAUUUAAAUCCUUAAUACAGAAAGUAUUUGGUAAAGAACCUAGUACUACGUUAAAUCAAGAUGAAGCUGUUGCGAGAGGAUGUGCAUUGCAAUGUGCUAUGCUUUCCCCUACAUUUAAAGUAAGAGACUUCUCAAUCACUGACAUCCAGCCAUAUCCAAUCAAAAUUGUUUAUAAAGCAGUAAAAACUGAAGAAGAAAGUGAAACAGAAAUUUUCCCAGCAUUCCAUGCAGUUCCUUACACUAGACUACUCACAUUCUUUAGAACUGAACCUUUCACUUUAGAUGUUUUGUACUCAGACAAAACAGGAUCUGUUGGUGUCCCCAAAAUAGGCACUUUCACUGUGAUGAAUGUCACUCCAACUCCUGAAGGAGAAAGUUCUAAAGUCAAAGUUAAAGCACGCAUCAACAUACAUGGCAUUUUCUCGAUUUCAUCAGCCACCAUGGUUGAAAAAGUAACUGCUGCCCCUAAUGAACAAGAAAAUGCACAGACUUCAGAAAUCUCAAAUAGCGUUCCUGAAAACAAAAAAUCGGAAGACGCAAUGGAGUCUGAUAAUGCUGGUCCACCUAAUGGGGAUAUUAGUUCAGAAGAAAUGAAUGAUGGGAAAUCAUCUGAGAAGCAGGACAAUGAUAAAAAGGAACCUGAGCAAAAGAAGUCUAAAAAUCAGGUGAAAUAUAUAGAUCUCCCCAUUAAAUCUGAAGUUCCAAGCUUAACAAAAGACACCUUAAAUCUCUUAAUUGAGAAGGAGAGUAAAAUGAUCCAGCAGGACAAGAUGGAAAAAGAAAAGGCAGACGCCAAGAAUGCAGUUGAAGAGUAUGUGUAUGAAUUCAGAGGAAAACUUGGAGAAGAGUUGGAAAAAUUUGUUACUGAUCAGGAGAGGGAUGACAUCAGGCAGUAUCUGGAUGAAACAGAAAAUUGGUUGUAUGAUGAAGGUGAAGAUCAACAGAAAAGUGUAUAUGUAGAAAGGCUAAAUAAAUUAAAAAAACAUGGUGAUCCUGUUAUGUUCAGGUACUCGGAGUGGGAACAGAGGCCAGGAGCAAUGAAUGCACUAGGUUCUUCUUUGCAAAUGGUUCAUAAGGCAUUACAGUCAUAUGAAACGAAAGAAGAAACAUAUGCUCAUAUUGAAAAAGAAGAUAUGAUGAAGGUUAAGAGUAUAUGGGAACAGAAGGAACAGUGGUAUGGGCAAUAUCUACAUUCUUUGGCUAACUUGCAACCUUAUCAAAAUCCUCCUGUUACUGUAUCACAAAUAAUGAAAGAAAGAGAGGAUUUGGAAAGGCAAGUUUACCCAAUUUUAAAUAAACCAAAGCCUAAAGUAGAACCACCUCCUGAAGAUAAAAAUGUAAAUGGGCAACCACAGACUGAUAGUGAAAUGCAAGACACUAACAAUACAUCAGAGAAGGCUGAUAAACCAGCACAACAAUCAGGUGAAAAGGGUAGCAAUGCAGGACAUUCUGAAAAUAUGGAGACAAAUUAAACUUUUUACUACUAACUUUGGAUCUGUGAUUAUAAUGCUUAAGAAUCCACUUUCAUUAGAUCUAAAGGGUGCAGAAUGCAGGUUGUAACUGAUAUCUAAAUAGAUGGGAAGCAUAUUUUUAAUUGUAAAGCAAAAUUUAGGAAGCUUUAGUUUUGAGAUUAAAAUUAUAUUUAAGAAUUCUAAAUAGGAAGUUUUGCAUUACUUGCAUUCUAAAAAUUAUUUGCCCAAACCGCUAUUUAUACAUUGACUUAUACAUAAAUUGAACUUGACUUGUGUGAAUUAAAUUUGCACACUGAUUGUUCCAAGAAUACUUUUUUGUACUUAAAUUUUUUCAAUUGUUAUGUUUACAGUUUGCAUUUAUAGCUGCUGUGGGCUUCAUCCAUGUGAUGAGAAGUAUUUAUAUUCACUUUUAACGCUAAAAAAUAUUCCAAACCAAAUAAUAUGUGAACGUCCUGUUUUGUUCAAAAAAAUUUUCAAAGCUUUAUCACAAGCGAAAUUCUUGGGAGAUUUGUGGUGAAAGCUGUCGCCUUAUUUAUUUAUUGUAAAUAAAUAUUUUUUGAUAAAUUUUUAGACGGUUAAUAUUUAUUGAUGUCUUCGUUUGUAACAGUGCUUUUCCUUGGCAAUAAAAAAGUGUCUAAUUUUUACUUGAAUGUAAAUUAAUAAUAAAUUAGCAAUAAUUAUUUUUGUUGUGAACGCCUUAAUUUUCACUUGAAUGUAAAUUAAUAAUUAGCAAUAAUCAUUUUGUUGUGAAUGUCGAAUUUUCACUUGAAUGUAAAUUAAUAAUGAAUUAGCAAUAAUCAUUUUUAUUGUGAAUGUCGAAUUUUCACUUGAAUGUAAAUUAAUAAUGAAUUAGCGAUAAUCAUUUUUAUUGUGAAUGUCGAAUUUUCACUUGAAUGUAAAUUAAAAAUGAAUUAGCAAUAAUCGUUUUUAUUGUGAAUGUCGAAUUUUCACUUGAAUGUAAAUUAAUAAUGAAUUAGCAAUUAUCAUUUUUGUUGUGUAUAGUGAUGCUAAAAUAAAAAAAAAUGUCAUUUUUUUUCGGAUUGAAACUGAGAUAUUGUUAUUGUUGAUUAUGUUGAUAUUUCAUAAAAAAAAUGGGAUAAGCUGUUUCUAGUGUAUUAAAGUUUUUGUUUUUAAAAAUUUGGAAAUCUUAUUGUUCAGCCUUUUCAAUCUGAUUAUAGCAACUAUUUUUUGUACAUAGUAACUAUUGGCUAGAAUGAAUUGUUUGUAGAAAGAAAAAUUUCUGAUCUGUUAUUAAUUUUGAUCUUGGUUACACUCUGUAUUAAUAUACAUCUGUGAUUCAUACUAUAUGAAUGGUUGGUACUUUAUAGUUCCAACGGAAUGUAUAUUUUUGCUUCAUAAAUUUCAGUUUGAUGCAUUC